AUGGCUGUGGCAAGUUUUGAGCAAUUGCCGGAUGUUGUCUUGAGAGAAGUUCUCCGUGACCAGGAUUUCAUCAGCCUUCAACGUAUCCGAAAAGUUCAUCCGAACUUGACCAGUUUCAUCGAAAAGAACAAGAAUCUGAUCGAAUCUAAUCUCAAACGAUUAGAGGUGAAGGAGCAUCGAAACUUCGUCAAAGUGAAAAUGUCGGAUCUCUGGCGACACGUCAAAGUGGGAUACAAGGAAAAAGAGGACGGAUGCGUCGUCAUUCACAAGGAUAAGAAGCAAAUAGUGAAAAAUGAAGAUGUCCUAAGCCGUAUCCUGGAAGAUCUCAUUUUGGUUCUCACACACCAAAAGCAGAGCCUCGUCUCUCUGUCUCUUGCUUUUUCGGACAACUAUCCAACGUUUUUCGAGAACCUCGCCGAAUACUUGGCAACGAGAAGGCAUCAGUUACAAGUCGAGCAACUCGAAAUCAAAAUUGCCGAUGUAUCGAGACUCAUUCCACUUCUUCAAGGGUUAUCUGCCAAGCAUUUGAAGUCCAUACAUCUAAGGAGUUCAACCGGAGAACGCUCCCAUGGGAGAGCAUGGGAUUUAACUGGAAUCUCGGAUCAAGACGUUUGGAAAGGAGCAAAAGAAGUCGUAGUUGAACGGAUCGCCGUCAGAGUGCCAGUCCGCAACCUUCUGCACUUGUCAACCAUCAAUAUCCAUAUGGACAACGUCACCGCCGAGGAUAUCCAUUCACUGCGGCAGACGGCAUUGUACUCCUCUGACUUCAAGUCCUUCAAGAUUAAAUUCAACAGUCUUGAGGAUGAAAGUCUUCUGUUGGUGCUUUUGGGGAAUCCGGCUCGCACUAGAAGAAUGCCAAGUGGAAAUAUCAAAAUGACGUGGUGGUUCACGCUUGAAGAGCAUUCGGAUGCAUUCACCAAAGUUUUGGAAAUCGUCAGGAAAAGAGAUGUCUUCAAGUUCUCCAACUCAUCGAUCGCCAUGGCACUUGAAGAUCCCAUUGUUGUUGCAUAA